AUGUCAAAAUCAAAUACUGUAAAUGAGUUUAAAAGUGAUUCAAUUCAUUACAAUGAAAAUAUUAAAAAAUGUAAGUUUGCUGAUGAAAGUUGUUUUAUUGAGCGGUUCAAUUAUGUAUUUAGAACUAGGAAAAAUGGUGACCCAGAAUUAAAUUUAGUUAAAUUGGAACCAUUGGAUAUAUCUAAAAUUUCAAUUAAACAACCAGGUGCAGUUGUAAAUAUUGAUUUAGAAUUUAUUAACAGUAAAUUACAUGGAUUAAGUGAAGCCGUAUUAAUACAAGCAAAAGGGCCUUAUUUGGAUCCAACGAAACCAGUAGAAUUUCGUGCUAAAGGAGAUCUUGUAGCUUUAAUUGGUGAUUAUAAAAUUGAAGGUCGUGUUCUAUUUCUACCAAUUGUUGGCGGUGGAUCUUCUAAUAUGACAAUAAGUAGGGAACAUGUUAAAAUAAGAAAAUUGGCUGCUGACAUAAAAAUUGGACAAUUAUAUAUUAAAUUUGAAAAUUUAUUCAAUGGAAACAAGGAAUUAAGUGAUAAUAUGAAUUUAUUUUUGAAUGAAAAUUGGCGUGAAAUUUGGUCCGAAGUGAAAAGGCCAACACUUGCCGCAUAUGAAAUUAUUUUUCAAACAUUAAUACAGAACACAUUAGAUAAAAUUCCUUACAAUGAGCUAUUCGAUGAAUGA